GGCCGAGCGCGAUCACGUGCGGCAGGAGGGCGGCGGGGCGUGCGGCCGCGGUUGCCACGGCGACCGGAGGCAGCGGCGGCCCGCAGGUGUGUCGCCGGUGAGCCCCGGCGGUGCCGCUCGGCGAUGGGCGACGUGCUGGCUUACGAAGCCGAGCUGCUCGGGCUGGUCAGAGAGUAUUUGGAUUUUGCGGAAUUUGAAGAAACAGUGAAGGUAUUUGCAAAGGAAUGUAAAAUAAAAGGGAAGCCUCUACCCAAAACAACAGGUGUUUCCUUGAGAGAUUCAAAAGCCUUGCCUGUUCAGAAAGAUCUGCUAACAGCGUUUGAAAAUGGUGAGCAGAAAGCUUUCUUCCAGCUCUGGGAGGAGCAUAUUUCAUCUUCAGUCCGGGACAAUGAACCAGCUGCUCAGAAGCUGGAGUUCUAUCUUCACAUAUACUUUGCCACAUACCUCUUGAAACGCUCUGUGGGAAAGCCUGACAAAGCUGAACUUGAGGAAAGGAUUUCUCACUUUAAAGCAUACCUUGAAACAAAAGGAGCUGCACUGAGCCAAACUACAGAGUUUCUUCCCUUCUAUGCUUUGCCUUUCGUUCCCAACCCUAUGGUGCAUCCUUCAUUUAAAGAACUUUUCCAGGAUUCUUGGACAUUGGAUUUAAGGACAAGAUUGGAAAAGUUCCUGUCUCUGACUCUCAAAGCCAGCCAGACUCCCAGGCUUCUCACUUUAUUUAAGGAGAAUGGACAGUGCAACAAAGAAAUGUUGCAACAUCUUCAUCAACAGUUAGUGGAGUCUGAGCACAGGACCAUGACCUACCUGAAGCGAUUUAACAAAAUGCAAGCAGACUACCAUAAUCUCAUUGGAGUCACUGCAGAGCUUGUGGAUUCCUUGGAGGCAACAGUCAAUGGCAAGAUGAUCACACCAGAAUAUCUUCAAAGUGUUUGUGUUCGCUUGUUUAGCAAUCAGAUGAGACAAAGUGUAGCACAAAGUAUUGACUUCACAAGGCCUGGAACAGGAUAUUACUCUAUGAGCCCUUGUGAUGACGGAUAUGCUUCCACAAUGUUAAGAGCAUCUAUAGCACCUGUAAAGAUGCAGGAUGUGCCAUUGUUGCCCUCUUUGGACUAUGAGAAGCUGAAAAAAGAUUUGAUUACAGGGAAUGAUCGUCUCAAAGCCUUCUUACUGCAAGCUCUGCGCUGGCGCUUGACAACAUCAUAUCCUGGAGAACAAAGAGAUACUGUCCUGCAGGCCUACAUCAAUAACGACCUCCUAGAUUGCCACAGCAACUGUCAGAGAAGUGUCCUUAAAUUAUUACAGUCUAAGAGCGAGAUAGUCAGACAGUAUAUGGCAAGGCUCAUCAAUGCUUUUGCUUCAUUGGCAGAAGGUCGUCUCUACCUUUCUCAGAACCCAAUGUUGCUGCGAAUGCUGGAGGAGAGACUGAAAGCUGAGGACAAGGAUUCCCUUACAUGGGAGAAUGUUCUGGGGGCUCUGCAGAAAUUCAGCCUCAGGCGUGCGCUGCAGUCAGCAAUGAUCAAAGAUGGGCUCAUUUUCUGGCUGGUUGAUGUUCUGACAGAUACAGAUAGCCUGUCUGAUUACACACUGGAGUAUUCCAUUGCCUUGCUCAUGAAUCUGUGUCUGAGGAGUGCAGGGAAGAAAAUGUGUGCAAGGAUCGCAAACCAUGUGCUCAAAGUUCUCUCUGAUCUUCUUGGCCAUGAGAAUCAUGAGAUACAACCAUACGUGAAUGGAGCACUGUAUAGCAUUCUUGCCAUCCCUUCUGUCCGAGAAGAAGCCAGAGCAAUGGGAAUGGAAGAAAUUCUGCGCUGCUUUAUCAAGGAAGGAAAUGCAGAGAUGAUCCGGCAGAUCGAAUUUAUUAUCAAGCAGCUCAAUUCAGAAGAGCCAUUAAAUGACAGUACCGUGUCUGAUGAUGAAGAGGAAGAAGAGGAUGAGGAAGAAGACCAUGACAUCAUGGAGGCUGAUCUGGACAAAGACGAGAUUUUACAACCUCAGCUGGGAGAACUUACAGGAGAGAAGCUGCUGACAACUGAGUACUUGGGAAUAAUGACUCAUACUCCAAAAACCAAGAAGAAGCUGUUUCCCAGUGUCCAUCAGAGUAUAGAGGAGCCUCUCCAGAGACCUGUGACACCAGGUUAUCACAGAACUGCAUACCCAAUGCCAGAAAACGAUACCGUCUCUUGUCACGAUAGGCACGAGAAACUGCAGUCUCUGCCGAGUGGUUGUCCUCCUGUCUGUGGUGGGAGCAGGUCCAGCAUUUCUGACCUCUGCAUUUCCUCUUCGUCAAUUGAGACGAAGUCCUCCAAAGUAUUCUCAUCAGGCCACAGAAUGGACCGAAGCAUCCCGGGUGGUGACAAUAUCUUGUCUUCUCGAUCUACUGACUUCACCCAGGACAAAGUAAAUGGGCAAUCUCAUAGCGAGUUUUUCUCGGCCUUUACCAGCAAACCUAAGAUCCCUCGCACUCCUGAAGUGCAAAGUGCCAGCCCCAGAAAGGGAAAGAUCCCGACCAUUGCCCCGCAGUUUUCUCAGUCUGGUCCCCAGCAGACAAGCCGUCCGAGCUCCUCAGGAUCAUCCACAAGGAGCAGACAGAGCAGCCAGUCCUCCAGGAAGUGAGAACAGUUCCUUUCCUCAAGAAUCAGCUGUCACUUUACUGAAGGGCAAAGGCGGCUUCCUGUAAUGAGCUUUACUGGCGACCUACUGAGAAGAGGUUAUUAACAUUGCACGGCGUGUGCCCUGCAUGGUGAUUCGGGGAUUAUCUGAUGGGAUGCAUCUGUAGUCAUCUCUAAAGCUGGCUAAGACAAAGGCCUUGUUACAAUUCAAGGUCUCAGCAGGUGCACACAACUGAUACGGUAGAUGGAUAUAUAGUCCCAGUGUCUCUGAUAGUUUAUUCUGAAGUGACAUUGCUACCUCCAGAAGAGUCUCUUGCUCUCUGCUUUUUUUGUCAGAGUAAAUGGCCUUUGGAGGUGGUCUGUAGGGCUCAGCACAGGAGUCUGGCCAAGCAACUGUCUUGUUUACGUAUUGCUUGCUGAACAAGUCUGUAACUUGAUUUAUUUAAAUUACGCUGUUGUGAAUGAGUUAGGGGAUAUCUGUGUUCAAAGGAUCAGCAUCUGCACUAGGAAGGAAAGUGUACGCUAUCUGUGUAGAGCCUCACUGCCUGGAGCAGUUCUAUGUGGAGUGAGAUCUGUGUUUGACCACCAGAGACCGAAGAGAAAGUAUUUUAUCAACUUCUGAUUGUCCUGAGGCACUUGAAAAACUGCGUGCCAGUGCCCAAAGCACCAUCCAUCCAUGCUUAUCUCUGAGGAUCUGAUCAGCAGGUUUAUCUGCAGCAAUUAUUCCUAUUCAUUCAUUUUUUUUCCCCUUAGUUUUGUUUCUUAACAUUGUGGAAUGAAUAAUUCAUUUUCCACUGGAAUUAAGAACUUUCUUCAUUCAUAGGAGAAACCAUGAGAUGUGAACAGAUUAGAAACAAUGUUCUCUUCAUGUGUGGCUGUGGACAAUGUUCUUUGGUCUUUGUCAUAUUUUAAAUUCUUUACUUCUGAACAGUGAUUGGUUAUGUCUUUAUGGAAUUUAUGCUGGUCUUCAGUGAAUACAAAGUGCUGGGUAGGCAAGGGAAAUCAGGAAGCCCUUCGCUAAAUCAAAAUCCAGCAGUUAGUUCUACCAAUAAAUUAUGAAGACUGCACUGUUGGUUGUUCUUUCCCUCAAAAGUAACAGUGAUCAGGAAAUGCUAAAGACUUUACUGGGGGUUAAUUUUCAGUAACAUCUCCUCAUAUGAUGCAGCUGUUAGGACAACAGCAAAAACUUUUCUAGAAAUGCAGUUUACCUUGGAGCUUGGUUGCCAGUGAGGCAGAAAACAUUGGAAAUGGACUUCAAAAGCAAAUGCUUUAGCAGGUGAAAAAGGGAGAAGCCAAAGCUUUUGUUUUGGAGUUCCACCUUGAGAAACAGAGGAACCCAGCCUAAAAAGUCAAGCAACUCCAACAGUGACAGUUGCCUCCCCCUUGAGUAAAGAGUUGUGAAGCCACCAGUCAUUUCCAUAGGAACAGAAGGAAGCUUUAUGCUUGUGAUGAGGCCUUGAGUUGUGCCUCUUGGUACGUGAUGGCAACUGAAUAGGCAAGGCAUUUCCUCACUUGUUGCCAUGAGACCCACCAAGACCAGUGAUGCUGCGUCAGCUUUUUGUAGAAAGGGAUCCAACAGACAAGCUCCUCUAACCGCUUUGGAUAACAGACUUCAAGUUGGAAUUAAGAUGUUUUGAAGGACAAGACAGUUGGAAAUCAGGUUGUAUUCACGUGAAACUUUCUGCUCAGGAACUGCACAGCCUAACACAAAGCAGGCAGGGUAUGGGUGUGGCUUUAAUGCCCCAGCUGCAUAGGACAAAGUAAUUAUAGACACCUGAUAGUCUUUUUCUUGUAGAUUACCGUGAUAGAUGAAUCACAGAAAAUCUCUGAUUUGUGCUUAGACUCACCCACCUGCUCUCAAAGCUGAUGCACAUAGUUAAUGGAAAAAAUGUCCUUUGAUUUACAAAAGGGCAGCAAUAGAAGGCAGCCAUAAGAACUCACCUAGUAGUUUUGCAUGGUAGGCAGUUUUUCUUUAUCCUCUGAAAAGCUAUCUUUUUUCCAGCCUGUAAUAUCAAUGGGCAGGUUGUUAACACUGAAGUGCUAAGCAGGUUCAUUUGUAAAUGUGGAUACAUCGAGUGCCCCAGCAGUUGAAUUUUAUUUAUUUUACAGGGGUGUUGAGUUUCAUGUUUGAGCAGACCUGAUUCUCUGAAAUGCAGAACAGCCUUUGAAAAGAGUUGAGUGCAAACUAUUAAGAAAAAAAAAACUCACUGGGUUUACCAUUAGGUGAGGUUAAAACUAUCACUCUUAACUCAGCUGAGAGUAGGUGCCCUCCACCAGAUCAAGAUUAGUGAAAAGCAAAAUGCAACUCACAGAUGAGGAAAACUGAAAGGAACAAGCUAAAGUGUAUGUAUUUUUGUGUUUCUUACACAAGCCUACUGCAAGGCAGAACUCGACGUGUAUGUUUUUUCAUGUUCAACUCUUAGGUAUUUUGGAGGGAGUACAGAGUUUGAAAACUGAGAGAGUAUUUUUAUAUUAGUGUUUGAGAAACUUCAUUUUCCAAGUACUUGAGAGAGAAACUAUGUAUAUGCUUUGAAAUAAAGUACCAGUUGAGCAGUAAUUUGUGAGGCUGACAAAGUAACCUGUUCUCUGUUUCUCUGUGUUGCUCACAAAAAGCCCCUGCGAUGCCAGUCAGAAGGUUUUGAAGCUGAUGUUAAAUGCUCAAUCUCCCUUUGUUAGUAGGACACCACUAUUCAGGGUUGAGAGGUCUCUGGAUAAAAGGUCAGUAACAUGCAUAUAGCAAAUUCUGCACCUCGCUCUUAAAAGUUGUUAGGUACGGUUUGUAUCUGUCAUGCAGAGGCUGCUGCUAGAUACAACACCAUCCUGGUAAAUCUGUGACAGGAACAGUGGAAAUUGCCUCCUGAAUGAGAGGGGAGUGAUUGUACCUAAACUGGCUGCAAUUUUAUUUACAAUAAACAGGUGCAGUAAUUGCACAUAACACAUAAAAAAAUCCCCUUCAGGUGUAUGUGUGACCAAAGUGCUAUAUGAUGCUAACAUGCUUCUUGCGUAUAACCUCUAUGUUCAGUGUUAAUGAGGCACAGAAUCAUAAAGUACCCUGAGUUGGAAAGAACCCACAUGGAUCAUCAAGUCCAACUGCUGGCCCCGCACAGGACCACCCAAAAAUCAAACCGUGUUUCUCAGAGUGUUGUCCAAGCGUGAACUGUGUAUGUCUAUUGAAACUUGCACGUAAGGCUCAUUCCGUACAGUUGCUUUAAAAUCAUCUGGUGCUGACCAAGUAAAAAUGCUUC